AUGACAAAGCCACAGGCGGUGCCCGCCUCUUUUUUCCCCACGGCCAACUCUUCGGCGGCAACAGGCACGACAUCAGAUUCCCAUCAUGAACUCUCGGAUCACCCAACUGAGAUAUCCGCAAUCUUGGAUCCCUUGAACUCCAACAAACCUCUCAUCGAGUUCGACCAUGCCCUCCGUCACUUCUGUUAUGGAGACGAGACAACUGCGACGACGGUGGAUGCCGUUGCUCCUCCGCAACCAGAGGCUUUCAACGAUCCCUACCUAUUUCCUUACCUGUCCCAUAACGAGUGCCUGCGUUUGACCCUCCUCUGGUACUACACCAGACUCAUUACCAAGAACCAUGUCUUGAUGUCAAAAAUACAGGGGCUUCUCACCAUUGUCCAGAAAUUCAUGGGAUGGGAGUUCGCCCUCGUCGGGUUGGUUGACGAAGCAGUCUUUACUAGACUGGCUGCCAUAAAUAUGCCCCUGGCAAUGCUACCUAGAAGAGAAAGCCCAUGCUCACAUACCAUCAAUCAAGCACCCGGCACCGUCUUCUCCAUCCCCAAUAUGGAAGCCGACUGGCGCUUCAAGUCCUCCCCUUAUGUCGCCAUUGGCGGUUUGCGCAGCUACGCUGGAACGCAGCUCCGAAUCAAAACAGAAAGUGGUGAAGAGGUGGCCCUUGGUUCUUUGUGCAUUGCUUCCAGUUCGGUACAAAAGCCACUGAAUGAAGACCAGAAAUCAUCCUUAGUACGAUUUGCCGAAAUCAUCACCAUGGAGCUCGUCGAUACGUUACGACAAAAUCGGAUCCGAGAAAAAGAACAAAAGUUGGAACUCUUGCUGAAGCUGAAAGAAGCAACCGAUAUCUCGGAAACGGACCUUAAAGAUCGACUCAUCGCAUUGAUCCAAUCCUUUUACCCUGAUGCCUCUGUAACAAUACAAACCUCCCAAGAGCACGCUGUAUCUUUAGGCGGAGAUUUGAAGAUCAACUUUAAGGCUGUAAGAGCCGGUCUUUGGGAGGAUACUGCCCUGAUUUAUAAAUUGAUCCAGACUUUAAACCAUGCCAAAUUACAUUCCAAGCAAACGGUCCGUUCAAUAGUGGGCAAAUGUGGACAUUUCAAUGUCUUCGUGGUGGUUGCCUCUUGCAAUAUCCAACAUGUCUUUGACGACUAUGAUGCCUGGUUCAUCGAAACAUGCGCCCAAAUCAUGACUGAUUCUAUCCAUCGAAGAGAGCUCCAGGAGGCCUUACUCGCCAAAGAGGCUUUUUUGCGUGGCAUUACUCACCAACUAAGAACACCUAUUCAUGGACUGCUUGCUUCCAGUGAAUUACUCGGAGAAGUUUUGGCAUCUCCAGGAAUGUCCACUACGACGGGUCAAGAACUACAAAGAUCCAUUCAAGAAUCGGCUUUGGCACAUGUGGGGACAAUCCAACAGUCAGGAAUUCAACUGAUGGCCACCGUCAACGAUUUACUCAAAUUCAACUCCUGGUCUCGAAAUAUGGCUAACGACCUGAAACCAACAUUAUAUGAUCUUCAUCUCCUGGAAAAGGAUGUCAUGGAUCGCCUGCGAGAAUCAAUUUCGGAACCUCUCAAUUCCGAUGUCAUGUUAUCUUUUGAAGUAAGAUUGGCCCCAGAAAGAGACCUGGUCAUGAUUGACGCCGGCAUUCUCCAAGACGCUCUCCAGCCACUUAUUGUGAACGCGUUGCAGGCAACAACAUCUGGUAGCAUUACAAUCAGAGUGUCUGCAGGCUCAGAAAGCUCAACCUUGCAAUUCGAAAUUCUCGAUACCGGUUCUGGCAUUCCGUCCGCUGAUCGCGCGCGGAUUUUCCAGCCUUUUGAGAAGGGUUCGAUCUCGAUUCACCAAAAUGGAGUAGGACUUGGUCUUACAUUGGCAGUUAAGGCGGCACACCUAUUGGGUGGUGCGAUUCGUCUUGUGUCAUCGGAGGUUGGGACAGGAUCUCAUUUCCUGAUCGAGAUUCCAGACUUGGUUUUUGUGACGAAAGAAACUGUGCCUGAGAAGUAUCUCGAAAAUGAAGACUCAGCGCAGCGAAAUGCGACAUCACAGUUGCAAGCGAGCACCAUCAGCACGGAAAGUGACCCAAUCCCAACCCUCUGCUCACUUACUCUUACAACUCAAAUUGUCGGGAAAACCCCUACAUCACCAAGAGCUCUUCUGGUAGACGAUAAUGCCAUCAAUCUUAAAGUCCUCCGAAUGUAUUGCGAGAAGAGAGCUAUCCCAUAUCUACUGGCAACAAAUGGACAGGAAGCAAUUGACCAGUUCAAAAUGGCCCAGGAAACUGAUACAAGUCCAAUAAACCUUAUAUUAAUGGACCUCCAAAUGCCUGUCUGUGGUGGGCUAGAAGCGUGUACUUCGAUCCGAGCGUUUGAAGCCGCCAAUGCCUUGCCCCCAUCAAAGAUUUUCAUAAUCACAGGUCAGGAUUCACGGAAUGAUCGUCUUCGCUCGGUGGAAGCGGGAUCAGACGAAUUCCUGGUCAAACCCGUAAGUCUGAAGCUUCUAGACAAACACCUCGCCAAAUACAAUUUUAGAUGA